AUGAAGCGGUACCAGCCGGGGGCCAGGCCGUGGUCACAGAUCAAGUCCUGGAUGGCGGUCUGCUGGAGCUCGCUGGAGUCGAAGCGGGUGCUACGGUGCGGGUGCUGCAGGACGCGGUGGUUACCGGGAAAACACUCUGCAGAACAGCUGGACUACUGCUGUUUUCCACAGUCUGAGAGCGGCCUGUCCUCAGACUGUCCUCAGCCUGUCCUCAGUCUGUGCUCAGCCUGUGCUCAGCCUGUCCUCAGCCUGUCCUCAGUCUGUCCUCAGCCUGUGCUCAGCCUGUCCUCAGCCUGUCCUCAGCCUGUCCUCAGUCUGUCCUCAGUCUGUCCUCAGCCUGUCCUCAGCCUGUCCUCAGCCUGUCCUCAGUCUGUCCUCAGCCUGUCCUCAGCCUGUCCUCAGCCUGUCCUCAGCCUGUCCUCAGUCUGUCCUCAGUCUGUCCUCAGUCUGUCCUCAGCCUGUCCUCAGCCUGUCCUCAGUCUGUCCUCAGUCUGUCCUCAGCCUGUCCUCAGUCUGUCCUCAGCCUGUCCUCAGCCUGUCCUCAGCCUGUCCUCUAUCUGUCCUCAGCCUGUCCUCAGACUGACCUCAGUCUGUUCUCAGUCUGUCCUCAGCCUGUCCUCUAUCUGUCCUCAGUCUGUCCUCAGCCUGUCCUCUAUCUGUCCUCAGCCUGUCCUCAGCCUGUCCUCAGUCUGUCCUCAGCCUGUCCUCAGUCUGUCCUCAGCCUGUCCUCAGUCUGUCCUCAGCCUGUCUUCAGCCUGUCCUCAGCCUGUUCUCAGCCUGUCCUCAGUCUGUCCUCAGCCUGACCUCAGCCUGUGCUCAGCUUGUCCUCAGCCUGUCCUCAGCCUGUCCUCAGUCUGUCCUCAGUCUGUCCUCAAUCUGUCCUCAGUCUGUCCUUUGAUUGAUCCUAUUUAA